AUCGUGAAAUAGAGCGAGUGCGCGAAAGAAAAGAAAGAAAGAAAAAGAAUCGGGCGAAACUUGGAGGAUAUAGAGGGCUGGGAGGAGAAAGAAAGCGUUACGAAAAAUAUAUAUACAUACAGAAAAAUACAAAUCUGCACCUUCAACCUUUGGCUCGCCGUUCCACCCUCACGUGCGCGGCUGCUCCAGAUUCUGCUCGCGCACUGUGUGCUGACCGGAGCGCGCUCGCUCUCUCACAACCGAGAGUGCUCUGCUGAGACACGACCGAGCCCGCGCGGACCGACAGCCUUUGACCAGAGAGGAUGGCUGAUAGGGAGCAACUCAUCCAAAGAGCCCGUCUGGCGGAGCAGGCGGAGCGCUACGAUGAUAUGGCCUCCGCGAUGAAGCUGGUCACAGAGCUGAACGAGCCGUUGUCCAAUGAAGACCGCAACCUGCUCUCUGUGGCCUACAAGAACGUGGUUGGGGCCCGGCGGUCAUCUUGGCGAGUCAUAUCCAGCAUAGAGCAGAAGACGGCGGCAGAUGGCAACGAGAAGAAGCUGGAACUGGUGCGUGUCUACCGAGAGACCAUCGAGAAGGAGCUGGAGUCGGUGUGCCAAGACGUUCUCACCCUGCUGGACCAGUACCUCAUCAAAAACUGUGACGAAACCCAGGUGGAGAGCAAGGUCUUCUACCUGAAGAUGAAGGGCGACUACUACCGGUACCUGGCUGAGGUGGCCACCGGCGAAAAGAGGGCCUCUGCCGUCGAAUCGUCCGAAGGCGCCUACAAAGAGGCUUUCGAUAUUAGCAAGAGAUUGCCGGCCACCCAUCCCAUCCGCCUCGGUCUGGCACUCAACUUUUCCGUCUUCUACUACGAGAUCCAAAACACGCCCGAGCAGGCCUGCCAGCUUGCCAAGGAAGCCUUUGAUGACGCCAUCGGCCACCUGGACAAUCUGAACGAGGACUCCUAUAAGGACUCCACGCUCAUCAUGCAGCUCCUGCGGGACAACCUCACCCUUUGGACCAGCGACCAGCAGGACAGCGAAGGAGGAGACGCCAAUAACUGAGAUCAGCCACUUCUAGCUGUAGUAGCACCCGUCUGUCCCUUCUACAGUCUUCUUUGAAGCUGUAUCUUAUUUCUCUCUGUCUGCUCCUUAAUUCUCACUCUUUCUUCUCCAUUCCAUCUUUCCUGUCUCGUUGUGACACCUCAAUGCUCUUUUUUUGGUUCCGCAGGGCAGCACUUCAGACCCUUGAUUGAUCUCUCACCUCUUUUUACCCCUUUUCCACCAACAGGAAGCCGUUACCCAAACUGGAACCGUUCCACUGCAGAAAAGGCGGUUCUGAGAUGGAAAAAUGGCGUUGGCCUCUAAAACCUGUUCGAUUCGAACCUAGAUAAUGUCAGUUUUCAAAACAAAUGCAAAACGUGAAACAAAACUAUGCCCCUUCCAUUAUAAUAUAUAAUGCAUUCAGUUGAUACAUAUUGUCAUUUUAUUCCUUAUACAUCACUUGUGAUGUGCUUGAAAUGAAAUGAUUUUAAAAUAUACUCACAAAUUGAAUGCUAGUUAUAUAUUAAUUGUGAUUUAAAGACACAAACUGAAAUUCAUUUGGAUGUUUAAAUGUAUUCUCAACAUUCAUAACAUAUUAAAUAUAUUUUUUCAUUAAAUAUUUGUCUUGAUGGCACUGAUUCAAAUGAUUUUGAAACUAUCCUCGAAAUUUGUCGUAAAAUAAUCGUUAAACAAGUUACAUCAGUUCAGCUCUCAAGCCAGUUCUGAGACCAUUUUGGUGAAAAAGGGGUAUUUAUCCACUAAUUUUAUUUUCCUGUCCUUGACCUCUUUUUCUGUAUACAAAUCUCUCCUUUCUUCCCGCAACAAGUUGCUAAAAGCCUGCUGGUCGACAUGUGACAUUUAUUUAGUGUGUACUUGUAAGGACUCGAUCUUCGUAGAAACUCUGUAACACUUAUUACAGAAUGAGAUCUUGAGUACGUGGCACAGUAUAGUGCUAAUGUUACACCUUAUUACGUUGUUCUUCUUCACUCGUCUUUGAUCUGUACCUCCGUCACUGCUUAGAUGUGUUUGUCUGCCGUUCCCCCAGACUCACCUUGUACAUCUUGCUAGCCCUGUGAAUUGUCUAUAUCUGCUGAUCUCACAACAGUAUGUUGUCAUCCAAAAUGUGGACGGCACUCUGUUAUGAGACGCGGUGAUCAAAAGUCUUUUGAGUAGGAUUACAUAUGCAAGGUUAUGUAAGAAUUACAUUAAAGACAUUGCUUAUCAUGGGAACUCUCAAAAUGCAGUCUAUUUCUGGCACUUUAUUGUGGUUACACACAUUUAUUAUUAAAUUAAAUU